CCGCGUCAUGUCCUGCCUCCUGCGCGCUUUACCCAGGCGCCACCCCUCGCCUAAACCAAACAGAUUAUUUCCAGUAAGUGAAAACAUGUCUGACCUGGACAAUCUGUGUGAAAGGGCGGCUUCGACAAUGAUUCGACCUGAUUUGUCGGACAUUGUCCGGACUUCAUGUUGGUAUGAUGUUUAUGUCCAGUGGAGAUCAAACAAAGUGAUGGAGCCCAUGACGGUGACAACGUCGGUGGCCGGGCCGGACGAGUUUGACCGCAACGCCCCGCGGAUCUGCGGUGUGUGCGGUGACAAGGCCACCGGCUUUCACUUCAACGCCAUGACGUGUGAGGGCUGCAAGGGAUUCUUCAGGCGCAGCAUGAAGCGUAAAGCCUCCUUCACCUGUCCAUUCAACGGGAGCUGCACCAUCACCAAGGACAACCGGCGUCACUGCCAGGCCUGUCGUCUCAAACGCUGCAUUGAUAUUGGCAUGAUGAAAGAGUUCAUCCUGACAGACGAGGAGGUUCAGAGGAAGAAGGACAUGAUAUUGAAAAGGAAAGAGGAGGAGGCGGCCCGGGAGGCGAUGAGGCCACGUCUGAAUGAGGAGCAGGCCCGGAUCAUCUCCAGUCUGGUGGAAGCUCACCACAAGACCUACGAUGCCUCCUAUUCUGACUUCUCCCGCUUCAGGCCUCCAGUGCGUGAAGGCCCAGUAACACGCAGUGCCAGCAGAGCUGCCUCCCUUCAUUCCUUGUCUGAGGCCUCCUCGGACUCAUUCAACCACUCACCUGAGUCUGUUGACACCAAGAUGAACUUCAGCAACCUGUUAAUGAUGUACCAGGACGGUGCUAGCAGUCCAGACUCUAGUGAGGAGGACACAAAACUUUCCAUGCUGCCCCACCUGGCGGACCUGGUCUCCUACAGCAUCCAGAAAGUCAUAGGCUUUGCCAAGAUGAUCCCAGGCUUCAGAGAGCUGACCGCAGAAGACCAGAUCGCUCUGUUGAAGUCGAGUGCCAUUGAGAUCAUCAUGCUGCGUUCAAACCAGUCGUUCAGUCUGGAGGACAUGUCCUGGAGCUGCGGAGGACCUGACUUCAAAUACUGCAUCAAUGAUGUUACAAAGGCUGGUCACUCUCUGGAUCUGUUGGAGCCGCUGGUGAAGUUCCAGGUUGGUUUGAAGAAACUCAACCUGCACGAGGAGGAACAUGUGCUGCUCAUGGCCAUCUGCCUGCUCUCCCCAGAUCGUCCCGGUGUCCAAGACCACGGCCGCAUCGAGCAGCUCCAGGACCAUCUGUCGGAGACACUGCAGGCCUACAUCCAGGUCAACCACCCAGGCGGACGCCUCCUCUAUGCCAAGAUGAUCCAGAAGCUGGCCGACCUGCGCAGCCUGAACGAGGAGCACUCCAAGCAGUACCGCUCACUCUCCUUCCAGCCCGAGCACAGCAUGCAGCUCACCCCGCUAGUGCUGGAAGUGUUUGGCAGCGAGGUGUCAUAGCAGAGAAGGAGGCACGCUUGCAUACCCACACACACUCAUCACACAUCACAGGACACACAGGACGACCAACCAACCCUUACAGCCUUUUCCCCAAGAGAACCCCAGCCCUGAUUUAUACCUGGACGUGAGGGAGAAAGAUGGAUCAUCAGAUAGGUAGACGGUAACCUUCAACCCCUUCAGCAUCUGUCCAUCCUCCUCCUCCUGACCUCAAGCAGCAAGGCUCAGAUGCCUGGACCUCUAAAUUUAUAGAUUUUAAGACAUCUUAAUAUGCUCUGGAUUUCUGCAGCACCUGGAUAACCAGAUUAUAUUUUAACCUCUGAAUUUGCAAACACAGCACCACAUUAAAUGUCAUUACGUCAGGCAGAUAUCCUGACUGGUAGACAUCUGGAAUAGACAGACAUCCUGAUCCUCUCCAAAUUUAGAAACUCCAAAAGGAAGAUCGCCUUUUCUCAUCACCACCGUCCCUCCGGAUAUCACUGCUAAAUUCCUGUCAUUUCUUCUUUUUCAUUUAUUUUUAUUUUUUUUACAGUGAAGACAGCUUGAUGGAUGUGAGCAUCGCAUCCCUUCUACCAUCAUCCUCAUAACAUUGUUCACAUCGUCGCGAUGACAGACAGAAAUAGAUACACAGAUUUACAUAGUUUAACCAAUGCUGGCACUUGUGAGUUACAGACACAUUGCUAGCAAUGUUACUACACUCACGUUAGAUAGCUAUAAACUAUUGUUGAUUUACAGUUUGUUGACAGCAAAGACAUCCAAAUAUAUUAAACGUCAACAUAGUCAGUGUUUUAAAAAUACUUGGUUAAGAUGGGCUGCUUAGCCCUGUGUAUCUGUAGGUCUCAGAUGGUCAGCUGAAGCGAAGAAAGGAAUUAUAGGUAGGAAUCUUUCAGUAUAGGAACGGUGAGAAGAGAGGUGCCAUUUGGAGGAAUGAGUAAAGGAGGUUGGAUAGAUGGAGGGAUAUGCUACGGUUAGAAUUCCCUGUUCACAAGACAAAAGGGAAUUUCACAAAACAAGAAUGUAUGUAUAAUGCUAUAUAAAUAUAAAUGAUACGUAUAAGCUGAUAUAUAUGAAUAUAUAUAUAUAUAUAUAUAUAUAUAUUUAAGAGAGCGAAACAUGGUUACUUCCAAGGAAGCAAGCAAUUCAGAGUGUUGUAUAAAGUAGAGGAUUUGAAGGCCCCUUCUCAGUUGUGUGUGUGUGUGUGUUUGUGUGUGUGUGUGUGUGCGUGUGUGUGCGUGCGUGUGUGUGCGUGCGCGUGUGUGCGUGCGUGCGUCUUUCAAAAGACAAUUGUAGACACACAAGAAAGCGCUGAGAAGUGUGAGGAGUCCUUCUAUUUUUGUGUACAGUAUAUGAGAAUAUUGAUGAACCACAAGGGGGUGUGUACAGGCUCUGACCGAGGGAUUAGUGCAGGGAAGCACUUCUCUGUUGGAUGUCGUCGUUUUUUUUUGGACCUGUGAAGUUUGUAGACAGACACACACAAACACAACGUCAUGUUUCCUGGAUAGUGGUUAUCCAAAAAUAUUUGUUCGGCUGGUUAGAUUGCUGCUAAGACAGUUCGAGCUAGAUAGUUGGACAGAAGCCAACUACUGGCUGUUGCCUCAGGGAAAAGUUUGUCUGAUGAUAUUGUGUACUUAGUGUUCAUGGUGUGUGUGUGGCGUAAGCUUACAAUCAUAAGACAGAGAUUGUUUUUGAAGCUCUAGGCAUCACUGUGAUUUCUAAUCAUACUAAAUACUAAAUAACAGCAUAAGUAAGCUAAAAGUGAAACUUUUUGAAAUAAAUGGUGACUACAAGAUUUUCAUUACUAAACUUUAUCUGUUCAGUUAAAAAAUGACUUAUGAAAUAGUUUGCAUAGGCCAAGAAUCCAUUAGAGAUCAUUGUUAAAGUAGACCUUCCCUUGAAAUGGCUACAUUUUAAAAUAUAGAGCCAUCUGUGUUUAAAACAUUGAGUGAUUAAUAUCAGCCUUAAGGUUAUUUUUUUCAGGGCAAAGUGAAUAAUCUACAGAAGGUAGCAAUGUACAGUAGUUAAACAAUGUAUAGCCUGUAGUGUUUUUGGAAUGAAAUCCUUCAGAUGCUCUAAACAGCUAGGUAGAAUUAUAAAACAUGAGAAAGAAACUUUUUUUUAUAUUAAACAAAACUCAAGCCUCAUACAUUUUUGUCACAUCUAUAUCAUUUCAACACCAGCCACAUAAGCGAGGUUUAGGAUGUUACUUUUCAACAUCACUACAUAUCAUAUCACGUUUCAGUCGACGCAAUGCAUGCUCACCCCUCACGCAGGCCUGGAUCACCCCCUUGUGGACAAACUUUGUAAAUACCACUUGCUAAGUCUGUACAUAGUUAGAGAUUAAUGUAGGCAAAAUACUAAGAGAAUUCAAUUGUUGAUGAUGGCAAGAUGCUCUGGAGAUACAGCACUAUGUGCAAUUAGGAGAUGGACUCUUAUGUUCUAUUCAACUAGAAUCGGCAGAGGCGGCAAUCCUGGUCAAGUUAUUGAGUUGUUUCAGGGUGCGCUGAAGAAGGCUGUCUGAUAUGGUUGUGACCAUAUGUCACAUGUUUGGCACUCAACAUUUAGCAAAUUCAGAUUUAACCAAUUUCAUAACCAUGAAGUAAUGAUAUUAGGCAUUUCACAGAUCAACACACCUGAAAGAACAUCAGGAAAUAACCUAUAUCAUACCAGCCUGGCCAAUAGAGUCCCUAAUAAAGGGCCAGCAUUAGUCCCAACCCUGUUUUGGAUGAUGCUCGUACUAGUGUGGUACGUGUAAUGAUGGGACUCGGAAUUUGUAAUUGCAAAAGACUUCAUGUGACUGAACAUUCCCAGUGGUGAUCAUUCCAACUGGCUGAGUCUCAUGCACUAGCUACACUCUGAACAUCAGCGUGAGCAUCUUUAACUCUCUGGCAGCCUUUUAAAGGCACCCAACAACUCAGUAUGUCAAUCACCAGGAAGUGUCCUCUCUGUCCAUUCCAAGCUUAUGGAUGUACACCUUUUCUCUUUCUCUCUUUCUAAAGUCUAUCAAUAAGCUUUUGACAAUUAUACAGUAUAUCCAUAAUAUUCAUUUUGGUGAAAACGUUAUUUUUCUUUUUCUCUAUUUUCUUUUGUUCUUUUCAAGAUUGUCAAUUUUAAUGUGUGUCUGAGUUUUGCUGUCUAGCUAGCGCUUGGCUUGUUGCGCUGGGACCUCGUUAUAAUGAAGCAGAGGUGAGCCUGGUGGAGCCCUGGAGCCUUUUCCACUUGCAAAAUGAGCAAGCUCCACUUCCCUUGUUCCCUCGAUUUCAA